GCAAUGUGAGACUAUGUACCCGUAACUCGCCAGUGUGGUAGCCUGACAGUGCCCUCUCGCGCCCGCCCACAAGGUCAUCACAUAUAUAUUUUAAAAUCAAGAUACUAGUGUAGAGAAGCAUUAUUGCACAGUUAAAUGGAUGACUAGAAAGUGAGGACCUGGUUACAUAUGACAAGUCUGUAUUGAACAAAAGAGGAGAAUAUAGACGGGGAGGCUAUUUCAAACCAUUUUUCUGACUGAACCAACUCAUUGUUCAUGAACGCACUGCGAUGUUUCUUGUUCAUUGAAUGUUGAAACGCCAAAAUAAUCUGUUACAAUGACAAGAACAAAAAUUAUAUUAAUAUCAAACAAAUCAACAAUCAUACCAGGAAGUCAACUAUUUUAGUUCUUUUUUAUUUUUGUUUAGUCCAUAGAAAGAUGAAUGAAAGUUCGUUGAGUACUAUUUUAUCAUUCCAAAACUUAUUGAAAAGUCAAUUAGAAGACUCAGUUCGCUGUCAUUGGAAAAUCAAUUAGAAGACUCAGUCCAAACCUUCUUCUCUAUAUUAGCCUCUCAAAAUGAAAUCAUCAGUACCACUGCUUCAAAAAAAAUGGCGAGUCCUUCUGAUUCAGUUGGGAAAAGUUGGUUCAGGCUUCGGUACGAAGAAGAGAGGGACACUCCAAGUGAAACCCGAAAUGUGCUGCUAAUUGUGGCUGCUUUGAUCACCGCCGUUACCUUCCAAGCAGGGGUCAACCCACCGGGAGGUGUUUGGCAGGAUGAUAGCGAUGGACACAAGGCGGGAAGGGCAAUUUAUGCAUCUCAGAAAGUAGCAUUCUACGUUUUCUUGAUAUCGAACACAGUGGCUCUCUCUGCAUCUAUACUUGUCCUCAUUUCUCUCACUUACAGGUUCCCUUUUCAUUUUGAAAUAUGGGUCGCGACGGCUUCAAUGUAUGCGACUUAUGCUUCUGCAGUUUUUGCCAUUGCACCAGAUGAAUCGGUGCGGUUUCGUUAUGUCCUGCUUGCAGCUGCUGUGCCUUUUGUGAUGAGAUUUGUGAUUCAGAUGUUCAAGAAGUUGAGGAGUAGGGUUUGAUAUCCAUGUAAUAACAUUGCUUCUAAUUUAUUUAAUUCAUGAAUCCAACAGCAAAGGUUUGUUGUAUCAAUAAAAUUGAGAGUAGUCUAUUUUAGCACAAUCAAAUUAUUCUUAUACUUACUCUUUCUUCGCUAAUUUUAUGAGGACCCAUUGGGUGAGGCCUCUUCUUGAUGCUAUCCAUGAGG